AUGGAGUUUCUGGCAGCGAUUAGAGAACUCAAGGCCCUCCCGGAGGCCACCCACCUCUUCUGUCCCCGGAAAGACGACGAUGAUCAUGGUCGCUAUGACGAUUUAGAGCAAGUUGAUGAAGCGGGAAAAGCCAUCAAGGAUAUUGUGGCUGAAGCAACGGCUCGAAGGGAGAGUUUUCUCUCGUCCAUGCGCAUCCUAGCAUACCAUAAGGAUGGCGUAGAGGACGAUCAGAACUGGGUCCUGAGAAAACUAGAUGAGUCGCUGGAGAAAUGUGACCUAUGCAUCAAGCAUUAUUACAUCGGCAAGAUCUGGCUCAUGGACUUGCUGAAGGAGGAAAACUAUCACGAAGAUGAUAUUGAGGCAUUUGCCCAGAGAAUCGACGAGUGGGACAUUCGGAGAAUCACUCGCAACUUAACCACAGCCACAACGCAGUUGAAGCAAAUCCCAUUAGAGAAAAUUGGCUUGGAUGUCUUGGACAGGGCUGCGUUGCUAUCAAUAUUCGAGACACUGAGCUGUGAAGCCAUGCUGCGCAACGAAAGCCUCCUGCAGGAAUAUUUUGAUGAGCCAUUCAAGCUCAUUCAAACAAAGCGAAGCUUGAAAGUCUCAGAUUAUAUUCCUGCAGUCUCUCGCUUUCUGUUCGAUUCUAAUCAAUUCCGAAGUUUCUGGGCUGUUCAGUCAUGGACGCGAUACGCACGGCCUCCCACUACUCAAGAAUUUGAAUGGGCGGUACGCGAUGGCCUGUUGAUGGGGCUCCGAGCUGCGUCACAGCAGCCACCGCAAUUUGCAGUGAUUCAGAGAUUGUGGCGAGGGAUGCAGCUUGUUGUCCGAAAGCUGGACAAGGAGCAGAUCACACAUCAGCUUCGAGGAUUAGAGAUAGAUCCUUGUCGUCUUUCUGUUGAUCAUCUCGCCAUACCUGCGCCGAGCUUGCGGUUCCUUCUCAAUACCAUCCAGCUAUUCCUUGAGAAAGCCCCGGUUGACUUCUGGGAUGCUAUGCAAACCAUUUCUCCUCAAGCAAUCAUGGAACAUACAUUUUACAACACACAAUUUAACGCAUUUCUCCUGGAAACCUCCGAGGGUGAGCCCUUCGAAAAAUCCGCAUUGAAAGACAUGCUCUCCUGGAUCAAUCCUUUCCUCGGCUCACUGAAGGGUGCCCACCAGCCAUCUGCCUGUCGGUUCUUGACAUUGCAAUUACUUGGCCGCCUUCAAGACACCCAAUAUCCAAAUUUGUCACGGUAUCACUGCUUUGAUAUUGGCUUGGCCAGCCUCCUUCAAACACUACGCCGCUUCACAGAAAAUGAGUCUUCCCGGGGUACAGUUACUCGGAUCGUGUUGGCAGAGACAAUGGGAGUAGUCGGUGACAAAAUUAGCACAAUCAUUAAGCCCCCGACUUUUGAUGUUGAGCGAAGUCGGCAGGAGGAUAUUCUCACCUUCUGCAUGGAAGUUGUACGCAACACCUUGGCAUUGGAGUGUCAGUCAUUGAAGACUGAUUAUGAGGCACUUCUGAACCACGGCACCCUCUCACACGGAGUAUCUACCUACUCUGCGCCCAUCUGGGAUGCUGUCAUCAAGAACCUCCAUCGGGAUAAUCUGCCGCUGUCAAGUUCGGCUCUCCUAGGGAUCUUGCCGCUAGUGGGGUUGGAGAUGUUUCCCACGAAAGGAGAAGGGAACAAGGAGAAGACCCACUUCAACAUGAUUUAUGGCCAUCUCACCAACCUUUCAUGCCGAAUCAUCGGACGUCUGGCGGACUUUCCACCCGAGCACCUUGAAAAGUUGUUCCGAAGUCAGGAUACUAGUAGCGCUGUGAUUUCGGCUCUGUUUGCCGCCGACUAUGACACCUACACAGCUGCGGUUGACCUGAUCAAGGCUGUCAGCGGCCAGUCAGCUCGACGAGAUGCCAUUUCUCACCUCCUCCAAUCUUCAUUCACAACCACGGUCUACGGUCUGAGCUGGUCAUUCCGUCGGAUCUCUCACAUGAAGACGUUUGCGCCCGCCCCAAGAAUGCUAUACACUGGUACAGACAUCGUAGAGAUAUUAUGUGACAGUCAAACCGGUAUGCUGCGAACUCGUAAUCUCGCUGAUCGCCGGGAGGUCAUGUUGCUGCAGAGGCUUUGGGAGUAUUUGUGGCUGGCGUUGACCACGAUCUUUGAUGAGACCGAGGCAUGGCACCUUCGGGGUAAUGAUAAGGCUGUCAUGCUCGAAUUUUGUCGUGACACGAUCCAGUUCGCCGACCUCCUCUUUGAUCAGUAUGGUGUGUUCUUGGGAGCUGUAGGGAAUGCGGAUCCGGGGCAGACCUCUGCAUCAGAAAUUUUCCUCAAGUCACCAACUGCCACAAUGAGUGCCAUGGUAAAAUGGCUUAGGCUGAAGGAUGAGUUCCUGGCAACGACGCUCGUAGGGUUGGUGGCAAAGCUUUUACGCAGGUUGGGUGGGAUGAAUGUGACCACUGUGAAGCCAGAUGCAUUGAGCUUUAUUGAGGGUGUUGCUGUCAAUGGCACAAUCAAAACAAUACUCAAUCAACGCGAGAAGGCAGAAUUAGUCCGCUCGUUGGAGGCUUACUAUAAGAAACCCGUCGUCACUGCCUCAACUGCUGCUCUCAAGAAACAAUCUUCGAUCACCGCUUUUGCCAAACCCUCUGAUAUCUCGAGCCCCUCCUCUCGCAUCACCAGUGACGAUGAUUUUGAUGAUGAGAAUUUGACCGACCAAACUCUUCUUGAAUUGUCUUCUUCUGUCGAAUUCAACAAAGCUCGCCUCGCAACCAAAGCCAAACGGGAAGCUGAAAAGGUCGCCAAAAUGCGAUCCUCAACAGCUGUCAAGCAUCGUCCGGAGAUUUUCACUCCGGGCAUGUUCCCCAAGCCAGUUCCCCCUGUGCGAUCCAACGAUGACACCACCCACGUCCUAUCUUUCCGUGAGAAGCGCGAACGGGAAAGGGAGGCCAAGAAGAAGCGUGAUCAGAUUGAGCUCGCCAGACUCAAGAAGAACAUGCCCGCAUAUGGCGUUGGGGAGCAAACAGCUGAACAGGGCUCCGGCCUGAAAGGUAUUGGUAUCAAGGGUAAAGAUCAUACAACCCCCGCAGACAGCAUGAUGGUUUCCUCUGGUGAUGAGUCUGAUUCUGAGAGCGAAGAUGAAUUAGACAAGGAACUCUUUGGUGCCAAACCGAAGAAACCCGACGCUGUCGCGGCUUACGAAUUGAGCAAAAAACAAUCCCUUCAACAGCAACCCGUCAAAAAGGUCAAGCGCCAUCGGUCUGUCAGGGACAUGCGGGCUCGCCUGUCUCCAGAUCUUGGUUCUCUUCACCACUCAAUCCUCUCCUGGGACUUCUUCGCAACCGGCGAUCUUCCUCCUACCUCGGACCGCACUGAUUAUUCCCUGGUUUCAAACACGUUCCGCACACCCGAUGACUAUCAGAGUACAUUCGAACCUUUGUUGAUUCUCGAGGCGUGGCAAGGUUUCCAACAGGCGAAGGACGAAGGUUCUUUCCGACCCUUCGAAGUCAAAGUCAUGACCCGAUUGGCUGUCGACUCGUGGAUCGAAUUCAGCACUCAGCCGCUUGGUCUUCCUCCCAAGGAUGUUAGCAUCGGUGAAGGUGAUCUGGUCUUGUUCUCCAACUCGCCCAAUCUCACAAGCGACCCGAGUGCGCCCCAUGUUCUCGCGCGUGUCUGUGGUGUCAAUCGGAAGAACAAAAAGAUGGAGGUCACAUAUCGGAUCAAUCCUGGGAGUAACAAGUUCCUGUCUUCUUUUGGGCCGGGAACUGAGGCCUGGGGCGCCAAGAUCACUUCUUUGACCCCGGUGGAGCGUGAAUAUGGUGCCCUGAUGGCGGUGCAGUACUAUGAUCUAUGUGAAGAGAUUGUCUUGGCUAAGCCUUCACCUCUUCUCACUUAUUCGGACGCAAGGCUGCAGACCAUCAUGGACAAUUACUCCAUCAAUCGUGCUCAGGCAAGAGCCAUCAAGUCAGCUGUUGACAACGACGCGUUUACUCUCAUCCAAGGUCCUCCUGGUUCGGGAAAGACCAAGACCAUCAUCGCACUUGUCGGAAGUCUCCUAAGCGACGUGCUUGGAAAACAGGUGAUCAAAGUUAAUGGUGCCCCUGUUGCGAGAAAUGCCCUCUCAAAGAAACUUCUCCUGUGUGCGCCUAGCAAUGCCGCUGUCGACGAAUUAGUCAUGCGAUUGAAGGAUGGUGUGAGGACGACUCAUGGUCGCCAAGAAAAGGUCUCUGUCCUUCGUCUAGGAAGAAGCGACGCAAUCAACACCAAUGUGUUAGACGUUACCCUCGACGAGAUGGUCAAUGCCCGUCUGAACCAGGAUCCCAGCAAAGGAAAUGCUUCGUGCGCGGCUCGACGAAGCACGAGCGAAGGGACUGCCUCCCCCGGAAGAGCUGGAGCGCGAGUUUGA